CCACCCACUGGAAGAAAAAUAAGGGAGGGAGGAAGAGAGGCUGCAGACCCAGUCAGACUCAGAGGAAGCGGAAGACACAAAACGGAGAAGACCAAUUUCAAAACCUAGAGGCUGCAAAAAAAAAAAAACUCCAAAAAACUACUCCGGCUGUCUCCGUCCCGCUUGCUUAAGCGUUCCUUCUUUUUGUCUCCUCCUCUCACCCUCUUCCUUUUCAGCUCUAAAAAAAAAAAAAACCAAAAAAAACCUGGGUCACCCCCCUUCCCCAGGAGAGGGGAUCCCAGCCAGCCAGUUGCCGUGGAGAUGCCCCCCCAGCCGCAGGCGAGGAAGAGCGCGGCGGAGAUCCUCAGGAGCCCUUACGGGGUCCUGCGGGUCCUCCAGAUCCUGCUGGGGGCCAGCCUGUGGGUCACCAUCGCCGCCAACAAGUACGAGGGGUCCAUGCACUUCGUGCUCUUCGUGGCCGUCCUCUUCUGGCUCCUCACCGUCGCCCUCCUCUUCCUCACCCUGCUGGGCAAGCAGGACCUCGUCCCCCUGGUGGGCGGCGAUCGCUGGUUGCCCAGCAAUGUCGCGCACGACCUGGCCGCCACCCUGCUCUACCUUCCCGCCGUCGGCGUGGCGAUCUACAAGACGGAGAAGUACUCGUACUGCAACCUGGACGCGUACCAGCACAGCUGCCUGUACAAGGUCUACCUCGCCGCGUCCGUGUUCGCCUGCCUCGACGCCGCCGCUUACCUCGUCUCCACCGUGCACGGAUGCUGCCGGAAGCAGCGGGGCAAGCUGACCGUGGCGUGAGGGAGCGGGAGCCGGAGAGGGAAGCUUCCACGGCCGGCUCGACUUAGUUACACACU